AUGGAAAAUGCAUUCCAAAAUCUUGUAGAAGCCUCUGAGCAAUCAUUAUCUGCAUUUGGAGAAAAUGAUCCUGAUACAAACUGUGCAAAUACCCCAACUAAGGAUGUCUCUGUCGGUCGUAAUGUUGAAGAUGUUGACUGUGAAGUUUAUGUGGCUACACAAUUUUCAGGCACCAAACCGUUGAAGAAAGUGAAAAUGGAACCAACUGUUUGA